AUGCCUAGUAGGCCAGCUACUAAGAGGAAGAAAUCCACUACAGAGAAUAUAGGAACACACAGGGUUUCUAAGGCUGGAAAGAAAAUCAGAUGUAGUAUUUGCAAGGAGAUAGGUCACAACAAGGCCACUUGUCCACAGAGAAGGCCCCAAAAGUUAAAUGUGAAGAAACAGAAGAAACAAAAAGUUUGUGUGAAGCAAAAUGCAGGACAGGGUAGUACAAGUGAACCACAACAACAUGAAGAGGUUGAGAUGACUCCAAUUGAGAUGGAUACUACUCAAAAUGAUAUGCAAGUUACUCCUACUAUUUUUGAAUCCAGUAGUGUAGGGGAUUAUAGUCAUUCUAUGCAAUUUACUCUACCUAGAAGUUAUGAAGGUGAUGAGGGUGUUGUGGGUGAGGAAGCUGAUGUGGUUGAGGAAGUUGUUCAAGAUGAGGAGGCUGAGGAGGUUGAUCCUGUUAUCCAAGUUGAUAAUGUUAAUGUUCAGGAGGUUGAUGAGGUUAAUCCUAAUGCCCAAGUUGAUAAUGUUAAUGUUCAGGAGGUUUCUCCUAUUAUCCAGGUUCAACACGUAAGGGUUAGGCCAAUUUCAGAGAUUUUGAAGAGGAUAAGGAGAAGAAAGUCAGAGAGAAUAUUGAAGCUGAAAUUAGGCAAAACAAUUGGUGGUGUUGAUGAUCCAGGAAAUUCGAAGGGAAAAGCUCUUGUAAUUGAUUAG